AUGGCGUCUAAGCUCAGCCUCCAGUCCAAGGUCAAGCUGAGCAGUGGCUACGAGAUCCCGCAGUUGGGAUAUGGGCUUUGGCAAACUCCUGCAGAUGUAGCUGAGGGAGUGUGCACCCAAGCCUUCAACAUCGGCUACCGACAUAUCGAUUCCGCUGCUGCGUAUCGCAACGAAGCUGGCUGCGGCAAGUCGAUCCGCGAUGUCAUCAAGACAAUCCCCCGCGAGGACAUCUUUUUCACCUCCAAGGUCCCUUCUCGUUCGCUGUCCUAUGACACGGCCAAGGCCCAGGUUGACAAGACCCUCGCCGAGACCGGGCUCGAUUACAUCGAUUUGAUGCUCUUGCAUGCUCCUUACGGAGGAUCGGCUAACCGUAAAGGAGCGUGGAGAGCCCUUGUUGAGGCAGUCGAGGCCGGCAAGGUGAGGUCAAUCGGCGUGUCCAACUACGGCGUCCAUCAUCUUGACGAGCUUGAGAAGCAUAUUUCUGAGCUUGAAGGCGAGCGUGGCGGCCGUGGCAAGGGAGGCAUCCUCUCUGUCGGCCAAUGGGAAAUCCACCCUUGGUGUGCGCGAAGUGACAUUACAGAGUGGUGCAAGAAGCGCAACGUCGCCGUCGAGGCGUACAGUCCGCUCGUCAGAGGCGAGCGAUGGGGUGACAAGACUCUCAAGCAGCUGGCCGACCAGCACGGAGUGAGCGAGGCCCAGGUCCUGAUCCGAUGGAGUCUGCAAAAAGGUUUUAUCCCCUUGCCGAAGAGUGUCACCCCCGAGAGAAUCAAAUCGAACGCGGAUGUAUACAGCUUCGAGUUGACCGAUGAAGAGAUGGCUUCUCUUGAGACGUCAGAGUACUCGCCAGUCUGCUGGGAUCCGAACCUCAGUGGGCUCGACCAGUAA